UAACGUGUAUCGCAUGUAUACGCAGCGAAUUUCUGUUCUAUUCGUUGCAAGGGGCGCACCUUCCUGUUAUUUGUUGCAGCAGUUCGUAUCGUAGGACGCAAUGGCCGUCCGCCUACGCGACACGUAACUUGUCGAGCAACCUCCUCCCGAAUCCGCCCAGUACGCUGGGCUUUCCCCACAGCAUCAAUUAUCAUUCAGUUACUUAUCUCCUCUGGUUUUGCUUUGCUAUCGUUCACCUAACCUCUCUCCGAGCGCCAUUCUUUUUUACUGUUUUUGUUUACUUUUGUAUAACCUCAAAUAUGCGACACCGAUCGUUCUAUCUUAUCGCCGAAACAAUUAUCCCAUUAAAAUCGAAGUAAAAACAAAUGCCAUUGUUCGAGUAACAAUGUUUCUAAGCUUUUUCGAACGACAUGUAUAAUUACAAUGAGAGCAGCAUUGGGAAUUACUUGCUACUGCGAAGGACAUUGUCCAGACGAUCGACAGAAUGGAACUUGCGAAGGAAGACCCGGUGGACAUUGUUUCAGCGCGGUUGAAGAAGUUUGGGAUUCCGAAUUGAAAGAAUUUGUGCCAGAAUGGUCAUUUGGUUGUUUACCACCAGACGAGCAAGGCUUUAUGCAAUGCAAAGGCUACCUUGUGCCGCAUUUACAAGGGAAAAGUAUAAUAUGUUGUAAUAAGAGUGCGCUUUGUAACAAAGAUUUGUUUCCUGAAUAUAAACCUCGACCUACUACACCUUCUGACCCUGUUGCUAUCGCAUCGGGUGCACCUCUUAUAAUAUUGGCCACCAUUUUGUCUGUAUGCUUAAUGGUAAUUUCAAUAGCUAUGGUGAUCAUAUACCACAGAUACAGAAGGAAAGAACGUGGUCCUUGCUUAAUGCCUUCUCAGGGUACCCUCAAAGACUUUAUCGAUCAGAGCAGUGGCUCUGGAUCAGGUUUACCCCUAUUAGUACAACGAACUAUAGCUAAACAAUUAGCCUUAUCUCAGUGUGUUGGAAAAGGUCGCUAUGGCGAGGUAUGGCUUGCGAGGUGGAGAGGAGAGAAGGUGGCUGUAAAAGUGUUCUUCACGCUGGAAGAAGCUUCAUGGUUCAGGGAAACAGAGAUUUAUCAGACAGUAUUGAUGAGGCACGACAAUAUCUUAGGAUUCAUUGCUGCUGAUAUCAAAGGAACAGGAUCUUGGACACAGAUGUUAUUAAUCACAGACUAUCACGAGAGAGGAUCGCUGCACGACUACUUGCAAACUACUGUUCUAGAUCAUCCUAGUCUAUUAGCGAUUUCUCUUUCGAUCGCCUCUGGAAUUGCUCAUCUCCAUACAGAAAUCUUUGGUACGCGUGGAAAGCCUGCUAUAGCGCAUAGAGAUAUCAAAAGUAGGAACAUUUUAGUAAAGAGAAACGGUGAAUGUGCAAUCGCUGAUUUCGGUUUGGCAGUGCGAUAUAUAAGCGAAAGCGGAGAAAUCAAUAUUGCCCUUAAUACGCGAGUUGGUACUCGCCGAUACAUGGCUCCCGAAGUCUUGGAUGAAACCUUGAAUACAUCUUCUUUCGAUGCCUUUAAGAUGGCGGAUAUGUAUUCGGUAGGUCUUGUGCUUUGGGAAGCAUGCAGAAGAUGCGUCACAGGUGGUAAAAAUUCGAUGGUAGAACCGUAUGCCUUACCUUAUCACGACGUUGUUCCGAGUGACCCAGACUUUGAAGAUAUGCGGCUAGCAGUUUGUGUUAAACGGUUACGUCCGGUAAUACCAGCACGAUGGGAGAAUGAUCCAAUCCUGUUUGCCCUAAGUAAACUUAUGGCCGAGUGUUGGCACGCGAAUCCUGCCGUUCGCUUAACAGCGCUACGUGUAAAAAAGACAAUGUCGAAGCUACAUAUUGAUAACGCCAUCAAAAUUGUGUAGUGGUUGACGACGAUUCUCAAAACUGUUAUUUUACUUCAAAUAGUUAAAAAAAAAUUCCCCUGUAAAUAUAGCCCCGGUGUAUAUAGGUUUAUUGACAGACUGCAAGCCUGAAGACUGAGUACUAAGAUUUACAUAUACUUGAAAACGUAUGAAUGUUGGAAUUCGUAUGAUUAAUGGAUGAUUAAUGACGAGUCAUGAAAGUAAUUAUGAAUGAGUCCACGUUGUGUAUGUAUAUUUUUUGUUUUUAUGUGAAACGCGACAAAACGCGAUAAUGUCGAUGUGUUUUGACGUGCUUCACUGUGUUGAAGUUUGUUGAGUAUAUAAUCAGUGAUGGCUAUUACUUAGAGACGAUGUCGUUUGGGGAAAAAAAAAACUAUUUCUGAGUUCUAGACGCGCCUGAGCUUAAAAAGAGACAUUAAAGUAAAUUUAGCAGACGGUAAAAGAUGUUUCUAGAAAAGUAAAAGCCAUUUUGAUAAUAGCAUUUAAAUUUAGCCUAACCUAAUAUUACGAGAUUUUGAUACUCAUACGCAUUGAAAUCCUGUUGUUACGAAGCCAUGCUAAUUUACAUUUAUGUGUCUCUAAACUGUUUAUCGUAAAAAAUUACGAUAUCAUAAUACGCAUACUAUUUCAGUUAUAAACUGAAACAUUUGCAGGAUAUAUACAGUUUUAUAUUGUUCAGAAAUUCAGUACUAUAAAGAAGAUUCUUACAUAUAAGUAUUCCAAAUAUUCUGUUAUAUUAGAAUAUCUCGGAAUGCUAGAUAAAUUUCUCAUGGAUUUUUACGUAUCAUUUAUUUAACUACCAUCCUGUAUAUCCACCAAUUUCGUUACGCUUAUUUUUAAAUCGGUUCUAAAGCGGGAAAAAUUAUUUUUUAUCGAGUUUAUUUUCAUUUGUCAUUGGCUCUUAAGUACUGUAUCUCAUAUAUGACCCUGUAUUAUCUGUACAGUAUGUAAUUUAUGUUUCUAUUUUGUACAAAUGGGAUAUAUUAAAUAUUUAGUUUAAGAACGAUUUUAAGUACAUUAUCGAUUGUCCAGAUCAUAAAAAUUUUUUUUAACAAUACGACGACACUCUUGACAACACUUUUUACAGUCUGAUAAUUUUAAUACGUUCCCAAUUAAAAUGUGAACGAUAUGUUUCGGCUUGUUGUUUUAAAUAAAUACUGAUUAGGCAUAUCUAUAAAUCUUAUGAGGGCUGUGGAUUAAAAUAACAUCCACCAGAAAGUCUUAGAAAGUUGUUGUUACAAUAGCAAAUUAUGCAUCUGGGCUUUCGAUCAUUGACUCGAGAUCGUUAUGUUACAUACGACUUCUGUAUAUUAUUUGACAGAGGUCACUGUUAAAUAGUAUCGUAGUUCUUCUUUAGGAAGAUGAAUUGUAAUUACAUUAAAAAUUGUAGUUGAUAGCUAGUUGAUUGAAAAUAAUGAAAUUUAUAUUUUUAACAAGUAUUAAACAUUAUCAUCUUUUUCCAGA